ACCUAACACCAACCGUCACAAAAACGAUAUUGACUCUGUUAUCUGCAUUUAUGUGUUACAUAAAUCCAUUAAGAAUGUGAUUCGAAUUUCAAGACAAUUUAUUACGGGUUAUUAAUUAUAAAAACAGUCAUAUUAAGUGGUGCUACAAACUUUCUAGGAUAUUUUAUUUUACAAUAGUGUUUAGCGGUGGAGGUGUCACUGAUUAGGGAAAAUGUCAUCGAUGAAAAUGAUGAUAAGCCGCGCCGCCGCCAGUCGACUCCUGACCGGCGCGACGCGACCAGCGGACUCUGCGGAGCGCGGUGUUACUCUACACAGGAACUCUUUCGUGAGCGUGAGAAAAAUGUCGAAGGCGCUGACCAUUGAUAACAUAAACCCCAACAUUUUAAAGUUGGAGUAUGCCGUCCGCGGGCCCCUGGUCAUCCGGGCGACGGAAAUCAUGAAGGAACUGGAAAAGGGGGCACAGAAACCAUUCAAGAAGGUGAUCCGAGCAAACAUCGGGGAUGCCCACGCUAUGGGACAAAAGCCCAUCACGUUUAUUAGACAGGUGCUGGCGUGCGUGUCCCUGCCUGAGCUGAUCGACAAGGGCGACUUCCCGGAGGACGUGAAGCAGCGCGCCAGGGACCUGCUCGACGCCUGCGGCGGCGGGUCGGUGGGCUCGUACUCCGCGUCGCACGGCAUCGAGCUGAUCCGGCGCCACGUGGCGGAGUACAUCGCGCGGCGCGACGGCCACCCCUGCGACUGGAACAACGUGUGCCUGUCCUCCGGCGCCUCCACCUCCAUCAAGAGCGUGCUGCAGCUCUUCUGCAACGACCUCGGCGGCAAGACGUCCGGCGUGAUGGUGCCGAUCCCGCAGUACCCGCUGUACUCGGCGUCGCUGGCGGAGUACGGGCUGCAGCUGGUGAGCUACUACCUGGACGAGGCCAGCAACUGGGGCCUCAGCGUGGACGAGCUGGAGCGCGCGCGCGGCGCGGCGCUGACGGCCGCCAACGUGCGCGCGCUCGUCGUCAUCAACCCCGGCAACCCCACCGGACAGGUGCUGACGCGCGACAACAUCGAGUCCAUCAUCAAGUUCGCGCACAAGCACGGCCUGUUCCUGUUCGCGGACGAGGUGUACCAGGACAACGUGUACGCGCAGGGCAGCAAAUUCUACUCCUUCAAGAAGGUGAUGACGGAGAUGGGCGCGCCGUACGACGAGCUGGAGCUGGCGUCGUUCAUGUCCGUGAGCAAGGGCUACAUGGGCGAGUGCGGGCUGCGCGGCGGCUGGGUGGAGCUCGUCAACGUGGCGCCCGACGUGCAGGCCAACCUGUACAAGUGCAUCUCCGCCAUGCUGUGCCCCUCCGUGCUGGGCCAGGCGGCCGUGGACUGCGUGGCCAAGCCGCCGGCGCCGGGCGAGCCGUCGCACGCGCUGUGGCUGCGGGAGAAGACGGCGGUGCUGGACUCGCUGAAGCAGCGCGCGCAGAUGAUCGCCGACACCUUCAACCAGAUGGAGGGCUUCCAGUGCAACAUCGUGCAGGGCGCCAUGUACGCGUUCCCCAAGAUCACGUUGCCGCCCAAGGCCAUCGAGGCGGCGAACAAGGAGGGCAAGCUGCCCGACGUCUUCUACGCCUCGCGCCUGCUGGAGGAGACCGGCAUCAGCAUAGUGCCCGGCAGCGGCUUCGGACAGUACCCCGGCACCUACCACUUCCGCACCACCAUCCUGCCGCAGGAGCCGCUGCUGCGGGAGAUGCUGGACAGCUUCAAGACCUUCCACGCCAACUUCAGCAAGGAGUUCGCGUAGGCGCCACUCAUGAGAGUAGCUUGGCGUCACCCACAUCGGAUAUGUAUUGCGAUUUAUAACCAAAACUUCACAAAUGGGUUAAUAUGUGUGCGACCUUGACUAUAACAGCGAGGUAAGUUUUUGAUAACUAACAGUGGAAUUCAUAGACGUUGUAGGGGCACCCCCAGGUUGUAGCCGCAGAGUGUCGAAUUCUCGAACAAAUAGAGGUUAAAUUCGACACUUAGCGGCUGAAUGAUCCCCUAGCGGUGCCCCUACAAUGUCUAUGAAUUCCACUGUGAAUAGUAUAAUGUAGGUUAAAUAUACAAUUAAGUUAUCUAAAGCUUACCUUACCACCUAAGGGAAGGAAAACAUUAUAGUAGGGGAGCCGAAGGAGGGUAUUUUUGCAGUUACUCGAGCGCGGCAGUUGAACAUAAGGGACUCUACCUUGCACGUUGUUGAGUACCCCCACCAAGUAUGAGCCCUUAAUAUUGGUGGGUACGUUUAUUUUUUUUUACAUGCAAAUAAAAAAUGAAAUUUUUAAUUAUUUCAUUAUAUAUUUUAUUAUUUUUAUUAAUAAACUAAGAAAAUUUGCUUUAAUACUAAAUUUAGCCCAAUAACCCUCUAAAAAUCUCUUGUGUUUGUAUAAAUAUUCAUUUCUGUUCAAUAGAGAUGACGACAGUUUUUUUAAUUGUAUUUAAAUUAGGUAUAGUAGGCUAAUAGUAAAGCAAUUUUCUAAAAGUAACAGGAUAUCUGCGAUCAUACAUAACACUGGACGGAGGAACGCCAUCGUGUGCAGAUUUGCGUUUCAAACUUGGCU